UGUGGAGCAGAAGCAGCUUCUACCAGAGUAAAAGACUAUUAAGUACAGUGAGCCCACCUGUAAGCCCACCUGUAUGUGUUCACUUUACAACAAUAAUGAAGAUGCUGAACUCAACUGCAAUGAUGCGUCUCUUCAUCCUGCUCAUCCUCGUGGUACACACGGCUUCAGUGAUGAAGAUUUUCUCUAAGGCUGCAGAGCGAACCAACAGAGAAGGCCAUCAAGGCACUGGAAAUGAGAUCAACAUGGACGAAUAUCCAAACUCCAUUGAUGAUGAAUUUAAGGGCUGCAAGGAGAAAAUGCAUGAGUUAAUUAAACCUAAACUAGAAAUUGAGUUGCAAUCCAAUGAGAACUUCUCAACCGCUUGGACUGAAUCCAAAGUUGCUUUGAAUUUAACACAUAAAUCAAACUCUGAUUUAACAGCUGAGGAGUUGAGAGACGUAGCCCUUCUAACAUACACCGGAAAAUAUAUUCACGGUGAUCUUAAUAACAAAAUGCGCAAUGGUAAAGACAAAUACCUGACCGAGUUUGGGUUGAUCUCUUUACACUUUCUGAUAACAGAUGGUAUACAAACUCGCAAUGCUGAACAACACCCCCGGCGCACGUGCCAAACUGCUUACCGUCGCACUGAGGUUGCGUUCGACCUGACAGAAACCUUUGUGCGGUUUGGUAGUUUUGCUUCUUCUUCACUCAGUACCCUGCAAGAAUUUGGAACCAAGACUUGUUUUAUCAUCACUACAUGCUACGGUGCAGAUAUAUCAGAAAUAUCAAUGUUUGGAUAUGAGGCUGAAGUGCUGAUACCCCCUUACGAGAGGUUUGUAAAGGAUCCCGUCACAGAUAUUCCACCAGGAUUCAGUGAAUGUGAACGUGUAUACAAACUGCGUAGUGUGGGUAAGAAGAGCAACAUGAAGUGUGAAUACAUUAAAGUGAAUGCUCAGGGCUGUUUUAGUGGCUGAUAAUUCAUGCUAUGAAGAAAUGGCUAGAAAUACAUUUGUGAAAACCUGUACUGUCGCCUGCAGACUAGCUCACAAAAUCAACUGUAUAGUUCUUGUUCUGAGGCUUUCUUGACUGAUUGUACCACCUAAAUUAAAAUAAAUAAAUAAAAAAAAUCACUGAACCAAGA